GACCCGAACAUAUCUGAUCCUCGCUUCCGCAUCAACCGAGCCUGUAUCUAUGAGCGUCGACUCCCCGGAAAUGCCUACAUCACAGCACACGUCCAGCGUCUACAGCACGGGUUCUACUCGACCCCUGCCGUCUCAGACCAAGAUCACGACCAUGUCGACUUUCUCGGGGUGAGCUUUGUUUUUCAUUCCCCGGAUACGAUCAGACACCGGUUUAAAGCAGCCACUAUUCGCGCCUCUGUGCAUGGGUAUAAGCAGGAGGGAUCCACGAGGCCCCGACGUUCCCGUGGGGGUCGUCCAAACCGAAGCCCGCGGUUUCUGAUGCACGCACCGCAUGUGCUAUACGGGGCAGUAUCCCCGGAGACCUUGCAGUGGAACUACAGCUUGUCUGGGUCGUUGGGGGUUGCGCAGCUGCCGCUGAUAGCUAGCCUUUCACCCACCGGAGCAGUGGGCGGGAAGGUUCGACGGUAUGAAAUGAUGAGAAUCCAGGGGUCAGUGCGAUCACUCAGGAGCCCCCGCGGACAGAAGUUCGACGUCGCCGCCGGCGAGAUUGUUUGGACCCUGGAGGAGAAUAAUAUCCAGCGAUCGGGACUGCCGCGCGAAUUCACCUUUGCUAUGUUGAUACAGAAACCGCACGCGGAUAGCCGGGUGCAGUUCGUCCUGGAGAUUGACCCGGUGAUUCAGUCCUGGUUUGGUAGCUAUCCUCGGUGGUGGUUGGCUCUUCCCAGCUACCGCGCCGUCCGUCGUCGUCGACGGCCGGUAGACUUUCGUGCGAGUGUAGGCCAGCGGUUUGCACCGGUCACGUCGCGCGGGGGGUUCAACUUUGCAACAUUGGCAAGUUCGUUUGAUGAUUAUGUCGAUAUGCCUGGGAGACGGUUCGCCCUAAGUGUA